UUGUAAAUACAUCCAACCAAAGAUAUGUGGGCAUGGGUUUUCACGUAGGAUUGAGCCGGAAUAACUCUGUUUCUACCAUUUGUUCGAGUAACUACUCCGUUCACUGAGAUGGAUGGAGCCAACUAGAUUGAGCAAGACUGCGCUAACAUCAUUCUGUGGUUUCCUCCACCUGAAGCCCCAACUUUCUACCUUUUUUUGAGCUCCUUAGCAAUAUAAUCUCUGGGUUUUGAAUUUUUCAAGGCGUGAUCAAGUGAGUAGGGUUGAUAUGGCAUCUAAACUUGAAGAAUUUGAUGAUGUUGCCAUAUGGCCGCCUCAAGUUGAGACUUUUUUCAUCACCUUGUUGGUUAAGGAAUCCAAGAAAGGUUUACAUACUUCCACCCUAGAUAGAAAAACAUGGAAAGCCAUAGACACUGAUAUGUUCUCAAAAUUUGGAAGGAGAUAUGCCAUUCCGAAGUUGAAAUCAAAGUUUAAUCGAUUGAGAAAAAUGCAUCGUGAGUUCUCAAACAUCUUGUCCCAAACUGGCGCUCAUUAUGAUCCCGAAACUAAUGUUAUUCAUGUUGAUGAUGACGUUUGGGAAGCCUACUUGAAAAAACAUCCUGCUGCAAAGCGGUAUAGAAGGAAAGGAUGUGCUCAUUACGACAUGCUUGAUGAAAUCUUCAAGACUCUAACCUCUACAAACCGACCGCCACCCUAUGCAGCAACCCACUCUCAAUCAAACUCUGAGGAUGAGCAGCGUGUGGACGAACCUGAAACUGGAGCUGACGAUUUUGAGCCGAAUGCUAACAUUGCAGAUACCAAUGAGUCUGGGACUUCUGCUACUGCUGUGCGCCAUCAAGCUAUUCGUCCUCUUGAAAAUGUUUGGCCAACAAAACAACCAAGGAGCUCAGAGCAUUUAGGGGUUGAUAACACACAUGGGGCUUGGACCAACAAUGUGAGUUCUAAGAUCGAAGCAACUUUGGGGCAAAUUGACAGAUUUCAUAAGAAUAGUGAAAUAUUAUCAUCUGGUUUUGAUCCAUAUUCUGUAACUGAAUGCAUGGAUAAAUUGGAAUCCAUUCCGAAUGUGGCGAAUGCUUCUUACUUCAAGGCAAUGGAGAGAUUUUUGAUUCCUGAGUGGAGACAAAUGUUCAUCAAGAUGUCAGAGGGGAGACGGUGUAUGUGGUUGGAGAGUUUGAAAAAUUAAUUAGUACUCUUAUAUGGGAGACUGAUGAGACAUGAGUUCUAAUAUUUUGUAUAUACGUAUUUAGAACAAUUAUGUUGGUUAUAUAGAUGUGCCAAUGAAGUUGGAUCUGCCAUGUCAUUGAUCGAUUUGUAAAUAUUGGUUGGACAAUACUUCUAAGA